CGCUGCCAGUUUCACUCCACCUCUUUUAACCAAGUCACUCACUCACUCAAUCAAACCACUCGGCCACGCCUUGUUUGUUACACGCGCCUUAUCCUCGAUCUAUUGCUGUCAUCUCUACUGACGGUCGGCCCUCGACCUCGGACCAGUGGCGACCGACUCCGUAUGCCAGCGCUCUUUCCCAUGUGAAAGAGUGCCUUUUCGCCUCUCGACACCAUCUACCUUCGGACCCUGUAAAGACGAUAUGCAGCUGGCCGUAGUAUGGAACACGAGGUUGCUUAUGACUUCGAGGACGAAGGCCACUUCUGGACCGUUCUUGACGAGACAAUCUCGAGAGAAUGCGACAACCAUGGCACAAUCGACGAUACUUUGCGAUCCUACCUGACCUUGAUUGGUGCCUUUCGUGAACGUCUACAAGCAAGCGAUUAUGAUCUCAGUCGUUGCGCCUUUAAACUACAAGAGUCCGAGCUCUUUACGAAUCAUGCCGACUAUAUCCGGAGACAAUUUGUCCAAUGUCUGAUCGAGGACGACGAGCCACAUGUUCUCUUACUCUCUACCCUCUUCCUGAUUGCCGAUGCCCGAAGCCACGAGCGCACCUACGAACUACUUAAUGAAGAGGGUGCAUUUCCUCGGCUGGUGGACUUGAUGUCAAGCCCAAAACGACAUGGCCAUGAAGAAAUACAUAGAUCACUCAUGGAGUUGCUGUACGAGAUGUCGCGUAUACAAAAGAUCAAGGCGAGUGAUCUGGCCCAUAUCGACGAUGACUUCAUCAAGAUGCUGUUCGAGAUUAUAGAGCAAGUCUCUGAUGAUGUCAGCGAUCCGUAUCACUACCCUACCAUUCGGGUGCUGUUGGUACUCAACGAGCAAUUCAUGGUUGCUGCCCAUGAUCCUGCAGGAAGCCAGUCAGGAGUACCUCUUACCAACAAAGUGAUCAAGGUGCUUUCCGCACAUGGCAGCGUGUACAAGACAUUUGGCGAGAACAUCAUUUUGUUGUUGAACCGAGAGGAUGAGACAUCGUUGCAGCUGUUGACACUUAAGCUGCUCUACCUACUUUUUACAACUCCACCUACCUACGAAUAUUUCUACACAAAUGACCUGCGAGUCUUGGUGGACAUAUUGAUCCGUAAUCUCCUCGACUUGCCCGAAGAAGCCUCAUCUUUACGGCACACAUACCUACGCGUAUUAUAUCCGCUACUAGAACACACGCAACUUCAAUCUCCUCCGUAUUACAAACGAGAAGAGAUCCGAAAAUUGCUAGUAGUUCUUGGAGGAGGUCAGUUGCUCGAACAGGGAGAUGGACAGGACUAUCAGCAUCACUGGGGUCAUUUUGAGGCUGUCGACGAAACCACCAAGCGCCUGGUGAAGCGCUGCGAAGGUGUGAGUUGGCUUACAGAUCCCGAAACGGAACCGCCAGCGCAAGCAGAAUCCCCGACGAGCGAUGUCGCAUCCGACAUAUCGUCACCAGCCUCGCCCAUCAAAGGCAAGCCGCCAGCUCUGCCGGCUCCUCGCAAGUUGAAGAAGAGGAAUUCUUCAAAAGCAUCCACUUUGACUAUCGGUCAAUACCUCACUCCUCAUCUUGAAGGCGCUCGGAAGUCAAGCUUGAGUAUGAUGGAAGUAGCCGCACAGCGCGAGAAGCCUGGCGUGAUCACCCCAAGCAGAAAUCCCACGCUAAAGAACAAUCUUCGAGCAGCCAUAAUGCAUAAAAAGGACAAACCUCCGCCCCCACCUCAAGCUAGAAGGUCCGGCUCGUCUAGACCGAAAAUAUCAGAGCACUCGACGGAAAUGGAAGUCGUGAUGGCAUCAAGCAAUGAGGAAGCCCCUGCGAGUAAGCCUGAGGUUCCGACUCACCACCAUCACCAUAUACCGCAUCCACCUAUGCCUCACCUAAGACAUCGCCCGACGCCACCUGUACCCAACGUGGAAAAGGACCAUGAGAAAGAGAGGGCUUCAAAAUCUCCCGUGCCACCCCCUAUCCCAUCUCAUCACAAAGGGCACUUUUCUCCCAAGAAGCCACCUCCCGCGCCAAGGUCGCGACGGUGGCGGAAAAAUUCAGAUAACUCGAACGCAGCAAGAGAGCCCGGUAAAUUCAACCCCAACUUGCCAUCCAUUGUGACCACCUCGACUACCGGCCAUGAGGUUACUGAGCAUAGCCCCUUCUCCCCAUCAUCUCCACAGGAAAAGACAUUGAGUCCACCUAACCUAGACUCGGCUGAAGCCAAGGAGAAAAUGGGUGUCAAGGAAGCCUUAGAGGUAGCUCGAGCACAGGCCGUUGAUGAUGUUACUGAGACCCUGGAGCAAGUUGACCUGAAGGAAUCUGCGGACCAAGCCGAAGGGAAACCCAGACCUGCUGAACAGCCCGAAGGCGAGGCUGGAACCGACAGAGUCGAAGAAGGACCGGAUGACCAGGAGACAGGCGGCGAUACGCCCGAUGCCGAAACGAGUCGAACCCGCUCCGAGGAUGAGCUAGACCUACCUUUCCACGAUGCAAAACAAUCACCCUCACACAGUCCCUCGCAUGUUUCUCCGUCGCCGACCCCCCAACCGCAGAAUCUCGAUUCGACGUUCUUGUCCGCGACCAACACUCUGCCGCAACAGAGGGCGGUGCUCACGCCACCCGGCCAGAAGCCUUCCAGGGGAGUCCCUGGGCCUCAAUAUGCCCUGGAAAGGAGUCCAUUCUUGACGGACGAGGAAGAGGAGGAGGAGGAAGAAGAAGUCGCUCAAGAAACCGACGACGGAGGUGUUGUUGUCGUUGAUGAGGAGGACAAGCACCAUGACGAAAAGAAUGAAUAGUAAUCAGACAUGGAGAAUAAAUGAUAUCCUUUGUUUCUGCA